AUGGCCAAGCGUGGUGGCGAAAAGAAAUGUGGAUGGAUAGAGAGAAUAAAAUCUGAAGGAGCUGUUCCAUAUCUUGAAUCAGAUAACAGUUCAAAUUGUUGGUUUACACCUCCUGGAUCUGCAUUCAAGGUUAGAGGUUCUGAUUACUUGAGAACAAAGGUUAAAAUCCCUGGUGGUGAUUAUCUACUACAGCCUAUUGGAUUUGAUUGGGUCAGAGGUUCUGUGAAAAUAAAUGAGAUUUUGAGAAAUCGAAACAACAUAGUUAGGAAGAUCAUUGAAGAGGAGUUUCCAGAUAGUGAUAAUAGGCCUUUUAUUUGGGCAUUCAACCUUCAACUUCCAACCAAGGAUAACUAUUGUGCUGUCAUGUAUUUUGCAUCCAAAGAACCAUUCCCUGAAGGUUCCUUGGUAGACAAGUUUCUGAAAGGCGACGAUGCAUGGAGAAACUCGAGGCUUAAGUUGAUUGCUAACAUUGUUAAAGGUCCUUGGAUUGUAAAGAAGGCGGUUGGUGAGCAAGCAAUAUGCAUAAUUGGGAGAGCACUUGCUUGUAAGUACUGUGUGAGAGCAAAUUUCAUAGAGGUAGACAUUGAUAUUGGAUCUUCCAUGGUUGCAACUGCAAUAGUUCAUUUGGCAUUUGGCUAUGUGAAAACUUUAACUGUUGAUCUGGCUUUUCUUCUUGAGGGCCAAACUCAAUCUGAGCUACCUGAGAAACUGCUUGGCGCGUUGAGGUUUUGUAGCCUUGAUCCUGCUUCUGCUACACCAAUUUUGCCUUCACCUUCCAUGAGCAGCAGUUCACUAAACCGAUCUUUGUCAAUGAGGUUAUGGAAGUCUAUAGGGAAUAUUCUUCUUCCAGGUUCUCAAGAAGAUGGUUUUGCUUCUCCUCCUGCAUCUCAAAGCGCUGCCACAAAGGAUAUUCAUGUGAAGAAAUGAUAUACUGAAGGUUUUGAAGGGAAAUGGAGAGUUUCCAUUAAAGUUGGUUAUUCUUUCCACAAUUUCUUUUCCUAUGGUCGAAUCCAAA